AUGGCCCCUACUUCGGAUUCUUAUAAGUAUGCCGUCUUUCUUGGAGCAGAUUAUAGCUGCUUGAACAUGAGAGCCAUGAAGAGGAGUAAUGAUACCUUCUGGUUUGGUGUUGAAGGGUUUAAGAAUCUGAGAUUGCGUAUGGAAGAUUCCAAGACUGAGGAAUAA